GAAGUAGAAAUAUUGUCUCUCAGAAAGUCCAAAUAAUUUAUCUCGCAUUAUUUAGGAUUUACUAUAAUCAUCUGAGGCGACAAAAAGAUCAAUAGUUAGGAUUGAGGAGCUUGUUCACGUCGGGAAGCAACGUACCAACAAAGGAAGAAAAUGAUGAAUAUGAGAAUAACUCAUUUUCGUUUAAACUUAAAAGAAUAUUUAAAAAUAAAAAACAAAAAAUGGUCAUCGUUAGCAACAAUCGUCUAACACUUUAGGGCAUGCUCAGAUAUAACGUAGAAAAGAAUAUUUAUUAUUUCAUAGC